AUGAGACGUGUUGCUCUCAUGACUCAGACUCAGACGCAGACGCAGACGCAGACUCAGACGCAGACGCAGACGCAGACUCAGACUCAGACGCAGACGCAGACGCAGACGCAGGCGCAGGCGCAGACUCAGACGCAGACGCAGACUCAGACGCAGACUCAGACGCAGGCGCAGACGCAGACUCAGACGCAGACGCAGACUCAGACGCAGGUGCAGGCGCAGACUCAGACGCAGACGCAGACUCAGACGCAGACGCAGACUCAGACGCAGGCGCAGGCGCAGGCGCAGACUCAGACGCAGACGCAGACGCAGACUCAGACGCAGACUCAGACGCAGACGCAGACUCAGACGCAGGCGCAGGCGCAGACGCAGGCGCAGGCGCAGACGCAGACGCAGACGCAGACUCAGACGCAGACGCAGACUCAGACGCAGACGCAGACUCAGACGCAGACGCAGGCGCAGACUCAGACGCAGACUCAGACUCAGACUCAGACUCAGACGCCUCCGGCAACACUCCAGAUUAAUGACACUUAA